AUGUCGACCCUUCCCCCGGACAGUCUGCCACGCAGCAUGAGGGAAAGGGGUGUUCAGAAAGUCUGCGAUAUUAAUGUUUCCACCGAAGAAGUCGAUAAGAAGCUCAAGAAUCGUCACUGGUACAGCAUCAAACCUCACUUUUGGCGGAUUGCGUUCGAGGUAAAGAUCGUGGUUGGGCCUGCCGAUCUGUCCUUCCAGCUAUGGUCCAAGGAUAAGAAAAUUCGCAGCGGAAAGCAUGAACCAAUCGCAGUAAGUUGGAUGCCUGCGCAAGAUCUACUAGAAGCUUGA